UUUCCGUUUGCCACAACAGAACAAUUUACAGAGGAGAUAGAUCCUUCAAAAACUACAAUUGAAAAUGGCCUCAGCAAUGGAUAUCGACGACGAAGAAAUUGAUUUGCCAACUUCAAGCAGUGGAAGAGGCGAUAAAAAACGAUUUGAAGUUAAAAAGUGGAAUGCUGUGGCUCUUUGGGCUUGGGACAUCGUGGUGGACAAUUGUGCCAUCUGCAGAAAUCACAUAAUGGAUCUAUGUAUCGAGUGUCAGGCGAAUCAAGCAUCAGCGACUAGUGAAGAAUGCACGGUUGCUUGGGGUGUCUGCAAUCAUGCAUUCCAUUUUCAUUGCAUAUCUCGCUGGCUUAAGACUCGACAGGUGUGUCCACUGGACAAUCGUGAGUGGGAGUUCCAGAAGUAUGGACAUUAACUUUUCUUCACCGAUUAGGAAUAACCUUGGAAGUCGUCAGAGGAUUUUGUUUUCAACCAUUUAAAUUCACAAAUUGACAUGGAAAGAGCAUGAAAGUAAAAGAUAUCUCAGAAAAUCCCUCCAAGGACAUUACUCAUGCUAUUUACUUAUUUCAAGGCUCCAAUUAUCAGCUUUAACUGGCUAAAUUAUCUUUUCUAUUUUGUAAACCUCUCCGAGGACCUGACAGCUUCAAUCGAGGAGCUUCGAGGUUGUUAUUAAAAUAGAUAUAGGACUUGAAUAAACAGAAAAGUAUUUCGUAA